UUUCCCAAUUAAAGCACUUACAGAGUCAUAACUCUACUUUCACUGUCAAGCAGACAACACCAGAAACACACACACACACACUCACUUUUUCUCUUUCUUAUUAUUCUCCGUUUGGCUGGACAAGAAAAAAAAAUGGCUGACUUCAUGGAAACAGAAGAAGAAUUAUUGGAUUUCACCUUAGCUGAGGCUAUGGAAAUGACCACCUUGUUUAAAGGAUUGAAAGAUAAACCAAUCAGUCAAGAUAUCUGUCAACAGCUUGCAACCAAGUUUAGUUCUUCACCAUAUCGUACUGGAGAAUCUUCAGUAAAAUGGGAACAGGUGCAAGCUUGGUUUCUGGAUAAGCUAAAACCAAAAGCAGAUAAAGCCCCCGUUGAUGAUAAUGUAGAACCGGUUGUUGUUCCUAAAAAACGAGGAAGAAAACCAAAAUCUGAAAAGACAAGUUCCUCUCUUGUGCUUUACAGAAAACCAUACAAUACUUAUGGUUACACAAGACUCCCAGAUUGUGCAUAUGACAGUCCUCAAAGGCCCAAAGUUUCUGCAGCAGAGAUGGGCAAAGAACUCUCAGGGUUGGCUUUUGAAGCUCUGUCUGCAAAGGAUUUAGCUUGGUAUGAUGUGGCUUCAUUUCUCAACUUCAGAGUUCUUUACUCGGGCGAGCUUGAAGUUCGAGUAAGAUUUGCUGGUUUUGGUCAUGAAGAAGAUGAAUGGGUGAAUGUUAAAAGGAGAGUACGUGAACGUUCUGUUCCAUUAGAGCCAUCAGAAUGUGACAGGCUGAACGUUGGAGAUGCCGUGAUGUGCUUCAGGGAAGAUGAAUACCUCGCAGUAUAUGGUGACGCUAUGGUUGUGGAGAUCCAAAAGAAUAUACAUGAUGAUACAAGAUGCACAUGCAUCUUUGUUGUCCGCUACGACUUAGAUAAGGCUGAGGAGAAAGUUGCACUUGACAAGAUAUGUUGCAGACCAACCUUCAUCAAUAACAACAACAACAUGCCCAGUGAAAUUCCACAAGUGGAGGCUGAGGAAGAUAUGAUGGACGUUAACUCGUCUUAGUGAGUUUUAGAUACCGGAUGGUUAAACAAAACAAUGUACACCUAAGUCGCCAAGCUUCCAAACUUGGGAUAGGAGGCUAAAGUGUUCAAAAUUCUACUAGUAUAUUACGCUAAAUUAUGUGGCUGGUGCAAGUUUCAUGAAAGCAAUCAUGAAUACUGUAACUCGAUGGUUGGUAGAAUCCUGAACAGUGCAUUUGAUAAAACAAAUAAACUCACCGGGCCAGAGAGUCCGGUCUGUAAUUAUGCUGGAAUUUUGUAUGUUGCAGCAAUGUAAUAUUUAGUAUUCCUUCGCUUGUUCUUA